GAGCGGAUCAGGUGGAGUAAUCGCUGUUCUUCUAUUACCCAAUCCUCGUCUCAAAACAUCACGCCGGGUCAAAAGUUCGCCGUGCCCCGGGGGAUUGUGGAUCUGUGCAGCAGUUGAACUAUCGUCAAACACGAUGUCUCUGAAAGUCCAAACCAGCAACAUCACCAACAAAACCGACCCCAAGUCCCGAAACUCCCGCGUUUUCAUCGGGAACCUGAACACGGCGCUGGUGAACAAGUCGGACGUGGAGGGCAUCUUCUCUCAGUACGGCAGAGUCCUGGGCUGCUCCGUGCACAAAGGCUACGCGUUCGUCCAGUAUGCCAGCGAACGCCACGCCCGGGCCGCUGUGCUGGGCGAGAACGGGCGAGUUCUGGCCGGACAGACGCUGGACAUCAACAUGGCCGGAGAGCCCAGACCGAGUCGAGCCAAAGCACUGAAGAGGAGCGCUGCGUCUCUCUACAGUGGAUAUGAGCUGGACUACGACUUCUACAGGGAAGACUUCUACGACAGGUUAUUCGAGUACCGCAGUCGUGUGUCUCCCGUUCCCCGGGUGGUGCCUGUGGUCCCGGUCAAACGUCCCCGAGCCCUGCCCCUGCUCCACCGGGUCAAAGGUCUCCCCAUGAAAAUACUGAGGAGCUCCACUGUCCACCCACACAGCCGACUGAAAGGCAGUGAGCUCCAGGCCAUAAAGACAGAACUGACCCAGAUCAAGGCCAACAUCGAGGCUCUGCUGGGGCGACUGGAGACGCUGGAGGAGCACAACACAGGAACAGAAUCGAGAAAGGGGUGCGGCGCUGAGUCAGAGGAUGGGGCGUGGCCUGAGGAGGAAGAGGAGGAGUUGGGGUCAAACGCAGAAGAUGAAGCCGUGAGUCUAAACAGUGAAGACGAAGAAGAACGAGGAUCAGAAGAAGAGACGGAUCAGGCAGAUAACAGCACGCAGCCUCACCACUGUGAAAACCACACGGAAAACUACUCAACAGAGACAGCUGGAGUUCAUCCGUGA